AUGUGUCUGCUCGUUGGUUUAAUAAUACUUGUUUAUGUAUUUUAUCGAGUGUAUCAACAUUUAUUUCCAUCACCAGAUAUAAAUCCACGUGAUAAAUAUGUAUUAAUCAGUGGCUGUGAUACUGGUUUUGGCAAUGGAUUAGCAAUUGAAUUAGAUAAACAAGGUUUUAAUGUAUUAGCUGGUGUUUAUAAUCCAAAUAAUAAAGAUUCAUUAGCAAAAAUUCUAUCAUCACGAGCAACUGUCUUUAAAUUAGAUAUUUCCCGUCAAGAAGAUAUUGAUGCUGCUUAUGAAAUGAUAAGUAAUAAAACAAAAGUUCUUCAUGCACUUGUCAAUAAUGCUGGGAUUGCUACAGCGGGAUAUAUUGAUUGGGUAUCAGU